AUGGGCCUUUUGAGACAACGGACACAAGAAGCCCACAAAACAGAUAAUAAUAAAUCUGCUGGAACAAGGAAACAUCUUCAGAGUGAAACUGGGUGUGUUAUAAUGGGAAAUAAUGGUAAUGCGUGUGGAGUGAGAAGGAAAAGAAAGGGCAUGCAGGAGGAAUUGCAUCCAUCCAAUAAGUGGGAGUUGAGUAAGACAAGUCAGAGUGCAUAUAUUGUCCUUGUAUGGAUGGAUCCUUCUAGUGGACAACACCAGCAAAUGUCUAGCCAGUCAUUGGAGAACAUGUUGGCAUGUUCCAAAGCACAGCAGGAGAGGAAGCCAAGGCCUCAGCCUGAACAAGCUCUAAAAUGCCCCAGAUGUGACUCCACCAACACCAAAUUUUGUUACUACAACAAUUACAGCCUUUCCCAGCCAAGGUAUUUCUGCAAGUCUUGCAGGAGAUAUUGGACCAAAGGAGGGACACUGAGGAACGUUCCUGUGGGAGGAGGGUGCAGGAAGAACAAGAGGUCAUCAUCAUCUUCAACAUCAAAGAGAAUCCAAGAUCAAGGAUUCACAACCAAUCCCAACAACCCACUCACUGGCCUUCCUUCAUUGUCAUAUGACUCCAGUGACCUCACUCUUGCAUUGGCAAGGCUGCAAAAGCAGUCAUGUGGGCAAUUGGGUUAUGAUGAGCAUGACCUUUCAAUUUUGGGGAACCCCACAAGCACCCCAUGUGAUAUCCUUGGCAACCCUGGCAUGCACCACUCUUCAACAAACCCAGGGCUUUUGGAUGCCCUUAGAAGUGGGUUCCUUGGAACCCAAAGUAAUAUGCACAAUCUGUACUAUGGAUAUGGGAAUGGGGACAUGGGGGAGGUGGACAAUGGCAAUGCUUGUGGUGGGGUUGGGGUUAGUGGAGAGAUGAUGCUGCCUUAUGAUCAAGAAAUGAGUGUUGCCACCACCCAAGCAGUGACAGUCACUACCAUGAAACAAGAGCUUUGCAAUGCAAGGGAACAAAGUGAGAGUAGGGUGUUGUGGGGUUUCCCAUGGCAACUCAAUGGAGACACCAACAUGGGUGAGCUUGACUCAGGAAGAGCUAAUUGGAAUGGUCUCACUUCAUCUUGGCAUGGACUUCUCAAUAGUCCCCUAAUGUAG